AUGGCGUCAGUCGAGCGGCUAGCUUCUUUUCUUGUGCUUUUAUUUUCUGUUAUUGACAGUCAAUAUCAUCAGCAGCAAACACGAUCUCUAUCCGGAACCCCUGCUACGGAUGGAAAUAACGCCACAAAUGCUGAAAUCUAUCGAAUCAUCACCCAACAGCUGCUGGGAGGCUUUGCUGUCUGGCGAGUAAAAAUGUUCAAUGACAGGGUGUUCGUUGAGAAAACCCGAAGAAGUUAUUGGCUUGGGGAUCGUCAUUAUCGUUUGGAUAAUGAUUACUACUGGGCGUCUAGGAAUACUUGCGCUUACCGUAUGAAUGCCAUGGAAAGAAGAAAUUUAGUUUAUGAAGAUGGCCUGCCUAUUUAUGACAUAAUCUACCAAUGCCAACGAUAUGCUGAAUAUUGUUGUGGACUAGAUUGCUGUCGUAUCUAUGGCCUCGAACAUCCGCCGACAGAGCCACCAUGGAGACGACCUCGAUGGAAUGCCGCCCAUACCCACAUCUCAAUUGCAGUUUUAUAUAUAAUAAUACUUGUUUUACCUAUUGGUUGA